CAAAGAUAUGCCUGGAUCUGUAUGCAACCCCAUAUUUCUUUGACACCUGGUCAUGUUGGCUUGAGGUUGCCAAGUUCACCUGGCUCCGGUCUACUGGCCUUACCUGACAUAAUACGUGACACGACCCAUCAUGACGUACACCAUCGAGCUUGCGGCUGCCGACGACGCCGAGGGCAUCGCCAGAGUAAUGCUCAACACCACGGAGAGCGAGUUCUCGCGUCUGCAGCGCGGCACAAUGGGCGACGAGGACUCCCAGGCACGGAUGGCCACGAGGUUGCAGUCCGUCAUUGCGAGUCCCGAGCAGCACGUCGUUGUCGCGCGCGUGCAGGAGACUGGCGAGAUUGCUAGCGCCGCGGUGUGGGCGAUCAAGGAAGAGGAGGCUGUCCCCAGUGCAGAUGAACGAGCAAGAAAGAUAGAGGAGCGCAGGCAGGCUUUUGACCCAAGGAUGAAUGUCGAGUACAUUGUCGAGCUUAUGCAAAAGCUCGGAGAUCUGGAGCACUCUCUCGUGCAAGGACGGAAGCACUGGCUCCUCGAUAAUCUCGCCACCCUGCCCGAGCAUCGACGGCAGGGGCUUGCAGGCAAGCUGGUUGAGUGGCCACUCGAGAUGGCCGAUCGAGAGGGCAUCCUGUGCUUUCUGACAACUGCUGAUGGGGGCGGCGGCGAGAGCCUCUACAAGAAGUAUGGCUUUGAGCGUGUCGGGGCAGCUGAAUUCGAUCUCGCCAAAUAUGGAGGCAGUGGACCGCAUACACACAUCGCCAUGUUGAGGGAGGCGAAGCGAAACGCAUGAGCAUUUGGUAGUGUAUCGCAGAAUCGUUGGGGGCAUAAGAAAUCUUUUGGUAGAUCUGAAUCAGGCGUUGUAGAAUUCAUGCUCGAGCCCUCCCCGGUACGACUGUCU